CGCAUACAUACGAAGUGUUUGGUAAAAUGCGCACAACGCAUUUAAAUUUCCAACACUCUUUGCCGCACCGUCUAACACAACACAACGCACCACACUCCGCCGCACCUUGAACUAUUGACUCCACGACACUGAGUUCGUUGAGUAGAGUUACUCGCAGCCAACAUACAAAUAUACAUACAUAUAAGCAAAGCACUCAUACUGCAAGAAGCAACCACCAAAAAUACCAAGUUACAACUACAUAUAGACACAAUCUACGAGCCACCACCAAUCCGCAACACAGAUGCACGCACGCACACAUUCAAGCAUAAGCAUUUGUGUAAGUAUUUCCCCUGCGCACACACCGCUUGUGUUCAUCGGAUAGGUUGUUAUUGCCUUGACUCGUCUUUGAAUUUUCGUGCUAUGUUCGUUCGGUUGCUUGGCACUGUUUGGACUCUCUCGCUGCGUUUUGGAAUUCAGUCCGCAAAGAUAAUUACCGCUGGUUGUAUCUUCAUGCAUAGCAGUGCUCAGCCUCUGCAACAAACAAACAGCCAUACUCGGUGUUAGUACUACUAGCCCAGCAAUUAUUUCAGUGAACGCGUUUGCGGCGCAAUUUACGAAACGCCGUCAUCGUGAUCGUCAUCAUUAUUUUGUACGCGCGUUAUCAUCCGCGUCCGCAACUGUCGUCAUCAUCUUGCACUGUGAGUUUGUGUGAAUGGAAUUAUAGCAAAUUGCAGCAGCAACAACAGCUGAUAAAAUAAGAAGUUGUGUACAUUGCGGCCAUUUGAUUUUGACUGGCCAAUUUUGUGCCCAGUGGCGCAGGCGAAGUCACAGCUACAAUUUGGACACAGCUUGUAAUUAUCAAAAAUUUGGUUUAGUGCGUACGCGCUUGUUAAAUUCAGUUUUGUAGUAUAAACGAUUUAAUUUGGAGCAGAAAAAACUGUUUGAGGUAUUUUGGAGACUCACAAACAAAUAGGCGAAUAUGAAAAGUGAAUGUGUUGAAUAAAGUGAAAAAAAUAAAAACAUUUUUUAGAAGUAAACUAACUGUGGAAGUGAAGAGAAAUUGACUCAAAGCAGAAGGCGGUAAAGGAGUAGAUUGCUUUUGCCCGCAAGUGCAGUUUUAAUAAAAAAAAAACAACAGCCGUAAUUACAGAGUGCACCCACGACGACAACGAGUGAAGAGCUAUAAUCAUUGUGCGAUGGUAACAAGUGUAAAGUGUGCCAUACUCAAGUACGAAGAACACGAAAAAAUAAAAUAAAAUAACAAAGCAACAAAAAAAAAAAAAAAAAACAAAUAAAUAAAUAAAAAAUUAAUGAAUGCUGAAGGAACUCAAAAAUAGUAAAAUAAAGUAAAUCAAAUUACUUUUCAAUUUCCAAAUUUUCUAAAGUGUUAAACGAAAGCUUAAAUAUCAGGAACAUAUUGAGAUUAAAAAAUUAAGUAUCCUUAAAGGUCUAAGCUCCAUCAACUGUCAUCUACCUUCACUCAAAAAAAUUUGCUAGAGCAGCUUAUAUCGAAUUUUGUAUAUCUAAAAUUAAUGCGAAAAUGAUAGACGAUGCCUGUAAUUAUUUGAAUCCUUAUGCGAGCGCAACGCUUUCCGCCGCCGCCGCCGCCAGUAUGCCGUCUAUCGGUAGCAGUUAUCAUAAUCCCCAGCAGCAACAUCAACAGCCACAGCCUGGAGCAGCCACUACAUCAACUGCCGUCGCUGCAAUUGCCACUAGUGGGACACCACCACUUACACAUAUUUCCGCAUUAGCAGGCCCACGAAGCAAUAAUGCCAGCAGUAACACUCGCUUUGGUGACUUCGCAAGCAACGCAAGCAAUUUCGCUUCGCUUUAUGGUCAGAUAACCUCAACAGCAGCAACGACGCCAGCUGCAUGUGGCGCAUUUCCCAUGAAGAUGGAAAUGCAGAAUCCGCCGCAAUUAUCUUCGACAGGAACCCCAUCACCCAUCUCGAGUAAUCACUCGGGGCCCUCAUCGGCGUCCGUUUCACCAACUAGCAUAUUUCCAUCGCCCGCCCAGUCAUUUGCUUCGAUUUCCUCGAGUCCGCCUGCAUCGGCAACCUCAUCGUCGGUGUCGCCACUUUCCGGCUCACCUACCGCCGCUCAUACAGCGGCUAUUGCCGCACAUACAAGCGCAGCAGCUGCUGCAAGUGCCGCCUACUCGUGGAACACCUACUCGACUGCAGCAGCUUUGCCCACUCGCACCCAUAUUCCUGCUUAUGCGCAAUACGCUACGGAUUAUUACGGCAAUGUGGGUAUGUCAGCUACGGCUGCUUCGGCUGCAACGGCCAAUGCUUGGUUUACACAUCCGGAUCGGCUUUAUCAGCCUUGGCCAAGCCAGGCGUACGCGAAUUUUAAUUUUGACGAACUUGCCUACCAUACACAACUACAUCGGCGGUCGGUGCGUUGCUCGUGUCCCAAUUGCCGAAAUGAAAUGGCCGGUCUGGCUCCUAUUGUAGGUCCUGAUGAACGUGGCAGGAAACAACAUCUCUGCGAUAUACGCGGCUGUGGGCGUGUCUACGGCAAGGCAUCGCAUUUGAAGACCCACAUGCGUUGGCAUACCGGAGAGCGUCCGUUCUUAUGUCUGACGUGUGGCAAGCGCUUUUCACGCUCCGAUGAGCUGCAGCGCCACGGACGCACACAUACCAAUUAUCGUCCAUACUCAUGCCAAAUUUGUUCGAAGAAAUUUUCACGUAGCGAUCAUUUAAGUAAACACAAUAAAACCCAUUUUAAGGACAAGAAAAGUAAGAAGGCGCUCGCGGCAGAAGCCAAACAGCAGGCAUCCACUUCGAAACAGGAGGAGGUAAAAGAAGUAAAUAAGGAGAAUACAGCAUCGUCGAGUGCCGGUAGUUUGAAUAGUACAACACCGUCUGUGGUGCGUCAGUCCAAUGUUGCGUCGACUACCAACGCCACCUCAACUACUUCGACCACCACUACCAACAACAAAAAUGCGACCAUCGCAUCGAGGUCGAAUACGCAUUCUACGACAGCCGCGUCUCGUCUUGCUGCGUCCACUUCAACUGCGACACAAUUGCAAUUGAAAACCGAGCAAACGGAACCUCCAAACGGUUACAACCCUUACACCAAUCUGUACCACCAGAGCUCAUCGCUCUUCCAACACGCGCAACCUCUUGUUGGCUCUGGCGUCUACCCCAAUGGUUUGCAGCAGCAUGUCGUGGCUCAACAACGUCAACAACAACAACAACAGGCAGCCGCAUCCGCAUCCGCAUCCGCCUCCUCCUUAUCCUUAGCUUCCCCCUUGUUCGGCAGCGCUCCGUUUGAUUUGUGGAGCAGCAAUGCUGGUCAUCAGCAGCAGCAGCAGCAGCAGCAACAACAACAAGAACAGCAACUUAGUCGCAGUGCCAUAUUACAGCAGGAACAGUCAGUGCAAGGCAGUACCGCCAGCAACAAUAUCAAUACUACCUCAACAGCCGCAACAUCUAACCUCCAGCAGCAGCAGCAGCAGCAGCAGACACAAAAACAGCAACAUCAGCAGCGCCAGCAGCAACAACAAUUGCAAUCGAGCUUAUCCGCCUCGGCGGUGAAUAGUCGACAUUAUGCCGCGCUCGCCAUGCAAAGUGAAUCUCAGUUAGCCGCUGAGUAUGGGCUAACCAUCAGCUCGCCCGGUAAUUCCAACGACGCCAUUUCACCAGUGACUCAUCAUUCACACCCCACGACAACCGCUCCAAACGCCGCAACCUAUCCUGGUUUGCUGCAAAUGAAAUCGGAAUACAUCAGUUACCCUGACUUCAGCGUCAAUUCGGGCUAUGGAAACGGUGGUGCUCUUUAUCAUCAUGCGCCCAAUCCUUGGGCGACCACAGCCGGGUAUUAGCACUCGCACGCCACUGCUUGAGGCGGGACGUGGACACAACAGCGGCCCAGUUUAACUGAGAGUAUUUUAGCAGUUUCGGUUUAAUAAAGUAAAUAAAUAUAUAAAUAUAUGAAUAAAGUUAUAGCCGCGCGCAUUUGGGCACAAGGGCAUUCUAAUUUUGUUCACGUCUGGUACAAAUGAUUUUUAAUUUUGAGAACUUGCCCAAAAUUGGUAUGCACCUCAUUGGUAUCCACCUCAUUUAGAUGGGAUAAAUACCACGCCCUCUUUUUAUAUGUUAAGCCAAAAUUUCCGUCCGUUCGUCACAUGUUAAAAACUAUAACUCCCAUGGUGGAUGAGUUCGUUUGAUUUUAAAAAUGAAUAGCCAACUCCAUUUUAAAUUUAACCGAAAUGUGCGCGGCUAUGUAAAAUUCGGUCCGCACCGAAUUUAGCAUUUCUUUACUUCAUUUGUUUUUUUUUUUUAAUUUAGUUGAGAUUGUAUAGAAAUAUUAGUUAUAGUGGCUUUAUGCUGUUGUUUGAAUUUGAUUUGCAACAGUGAGUGUUGCAUGUGUAUUAAAGCUAAGUAUUUCUAAAUUAAUUUUAAAGGAUGAGUGAAACUGUAAAUAUUUACAUACACACAUACUUAUAUGAUAUAUUAAAUAGAAAAUUAUGUAGUAAUCUCUAUUUGUUAUGUCUUUCGUCAUGUUACCUAGAUGAUAAAUAA